UUACAUAUUGAAUAUUAGAGAAAUGGCCGAAACUGAAUCUUUAACACAGAAGGAGCUAAUGCUAAAUGCAGGCAUUGCGCUUGGAAUCCUAAUUCCUCUAUUUUUCUGCUGCUCAUUCUGGACUGUAGUCUUCUACAUUGGAGCAAUCAGGAUGAUAGGAAAUAUAUCCUUUCUGUACAGAACUGUCAAAGAGUACUAUUUGACAAAACAAUUAGAUCUGAGUCAAAGAUAUGGCGAAGGGACCUAUGCACUCAUCACUGGUGGAGCCAAUGGAAUUGGCUUGGAAUAUGCAACUCAACUUGCUAAAAUGAACUUCAACCUUGUGAUCAUUGAUUUGAACCAAGAAGCAUUGGACAAAGCAAAAGAAGAUAUUACUAACAAUUCAUCAGUUGAAGUUAUCACUAUUCAAGCUGAUAUUACAAAGUAUAGAGCCAUCAGUGAAUAUGAUGAUCUUCUAAAAUCCCUCGAAGGUCUUGACACUUCAAUACUAGUUAAUAAUGUUGGAGUUGGAAGUUGUCUCCCUUUUAAUGAGGCUAGCCCGGCACUUGUGAACACAAUCCUGGAUCUAAACGUUGCUUCUGUGGUUACUUUCACUUCCCUAUUCUAUGAAAGACUACUUUCAAGAGUUGACAAAGAGAAGCAUAGUGCUAUUAUAACUAUGGCCAGUUCUUCAUCGUUUUACCCAGUCCCAAGCUUCUUCUUGUAUUCAGCCACCAAGGGCUUUGCUAGUUAUUUCAUGAAGUCUUUGACAAGCGAGAAGAGCCCCAAGCUUGACACACUUAACGUCUGCCCUGGGUUUGUCUCAACCUAUAUGACUGGAUUCAGAAAAGAUAAUGUCACUAUCGGACCUGAACUCUGCGUUAAAAAUGCACUGAGAUCUCUUGGAAAUUUCAGCGAUACUGAAAUCACCUCUAAAGUUAGGAUUAUGAUUGCUGGAGUUUUGCAAGGAUUCUGGUACAUUGACACUUGCCUCUUCAAAAAAGUACUGAUGUACUUGGGAGCUACUGAGGCAAAUAAAAAGGCAUUCGAAGUAGUGUCAAAAAGAGAGCGUGAACUCUACAAAGAUUAAUCCCUUGUUCAACA